AAAUUCCUCAUUGGUUGUUUCAGGGUCAGAGCGCGUACCCUCGAGAGAGGAGCAACCAAGACGGCCAAAUAGAGUUCACGAGAACUUAUCAAAGCUGGAAGAUUGGUGAAAGCCUAGCCUGUGUUUUUAGGAAGACCAGGUGAACAAGCUUCGAUUAUGGAAGCAAGCCAUCAUUCCUUGUCCCACACUUCGUCAAGACACCAUGCCAAGUGUUCCGACCAAUCAGAGUCCCAAGUCCCACCUUUACUUCAUCGUGAAAGCAUGGAGUACAUAGUGGAUCAGAACCAUAAGUUCAAGAUGGCUCCCAAUCAAGUGACUCUACGGGCAGAGACGCCAUUCCGAAGCCGCUUUCGCUCCGAACAGUACACCGAAGGUCCAUUGGAUGCCUCACCCAUUCCGAGUCCGCCUCCUCCACCCAGAGGACCUAAUCGCCAUGAGGAGCCCACGUGUUGUUGUAGCAGUAACUAUGACACGGGUCAAAACCAGUCGAACCAGUCGAACCAUUCUCCCAGGGAUCAUCAAGCCACUUUAUUGGUAAACGGGCGGAUUUCCUCCAAGGCCAAACGAAGACGGUCGCAUUCGCAUCAAGGAGGGGAAAGGUUGCCCCAAAGUGGCCAGGCUCCUACUUCCAAGUCCGGAAUCGCUCGGAGUCCGUCAGGCUCGAUAUCACCCACUUCCAAAAAGACCAAUAAUAGUUUCUCCAAUGUGAUACUGUACAACAACGGGAGUGGUGGAUCUCCCCAAGUCGGUCUUGAUCGGAGUCCAAGUGUGAGGCUUUCAUGUGUGGACUCCGAGGAUUAUGAUGUCGAGUUUGUGAAAGAAAGUGCGUUCAAACAGACCGUGGCCAAGUCGUUUAUCUCGUACUCGCAGGAAACAUCGCUUCACGGCUGGAAGUACGUGUCGUCACAGAACUCUACGACUUGCGAAAAAACGGCCUGGCUCAUCCUCCUGGUGGCAUCACUGGUUACGGCCAGUCUUUUGGUCUGGCGGGCUGUGGGCGAUUUCUUCUCCCACACUGUCUCCACCAAUAUGGACUCACUCUCCACUUCCUUCGCUAACAUCUACUUUCCAGCCAUUACUGUGUGCAAUAUGAACUUCAUUCAGCGCUCAGUGCUGGAGAAAUAUCAUAUUCAGAACAAUGAUACCUUGAUUGACGUGUUUGACCGCAUGAUCAACACGGGGACGGAAACGCAGUUCACGGAAGAGGAGCUACGCAUGUUUGACGAUAUCGAGCGGAUGACCAAUGGAUCUGCUCGCUUUAAGAUGGAAGGACAUCCCAAGUGCCACAAUAUGUUCCUCACCUACAGUUGGAAGAAUUCCGAGGUCAAUUUUGCCGACGGUCAACACACCAUGCACUAUGGACAAACCACGGAUGAAAGUGUUUGCUGUCAGAUCUUUCCCGGAAUGCUCCCAUGGGAGAACAACCACGAGUUUGACAUCAAUGACGGCGCUUUCUGGACCAACCGAUCGAAUCCCUGGCAAUUCAUUUUCGACGGCUACAAGAAAGGCAUCAAACCGGGGAAGCAGGGAGUCCAAGUUUUGAUUGACGUUGAGACGUACGAAUACUUUUCGGUGCACUCCUCCGGGUCUGAGGGUGUAUUGGUGCUCAUUCAGCAUUAUCGUGAUAUUCCACUCAUGCGUAAGGAAUCUUUUGUCCUCGCACCGGGAUUCGAAGUGGACGUCGGCCUUAGCAUCACGGAGAUCACAACCACCUCGGGUGCCAUCGAACGAUUCCAGCCUGAUGAGCGGGAUUGCUAUACGCACGAUGAAGUUAAUCUCGUGGGCCUCCCGCUGAGGAAAGGCUAUCGUAUGAGCAUGAAAAAUUGCCUCUAUGAUAAGGCCCUGCAUGCCACCAAGGAAGAGUGCGGAUGCAGUCCGCCAUUCUACGUUCUGGGAGCCCUUGGGAAACUACCCACGUGCAAAGGGACGCAGCUGCAUUGUGCCUACAAGAUCUUCGAUGAUGUGGUCCAAUAUCGCUCGGUGGGAACGGCCCGGACUUGUCGAGCCCCUUGCAAUGACCAAGUGUACGACUCACGAAUCGCAUUUGCAUCCUAUCCCAACAAGGCCUUGUUCAGCAAGCAAAAAGAGAUCUGCCCUAUGGUUAGGAAGUUGAUCAAAAUCUGUACCGGGUGGUUAGAUCCCCUGGCCAUCAGUGAGUACGGCCAAUACCCGGACGAGCUCAAAAUCAAGAAAAACGUGCUCGUGGGAGAGUUUCCCACUCUCUGUGAGAACCUUGAAGCUCUCUCCUUGAAUGACUCCUGCGAGGAUCUUCGACGCACCAUCAACUCGGACCAACAUCUUGGUCUGGACCUCUUUGAAUAUGCCAAGAGGAAUUUGUUGUGGCUCAAUGUUUACGUCAAGGACUCGUUUGCCACCCGAAUCGUUCGAGACGAGAAAAUGACGCGCACCAGUUUUGUGGCCAACGUAGGGGGUAUCCUUGGGCUUUGUAUGGGCUUUAGCCUCGUGUCCGUGGCGGAGAUCUUGUACUUUUCAUUGAAGAAACAAACCAUCGACUCAUGCCGUCGUGGAAACCUGAAGAAACGCCUCAAACGACGCCUCAGCCGCAAGCACAGCCGAAACACAAGUCAAGAUUAUCCAGGUGUCAGUCGGUCUGUCAAUGCACUUGAUGGUGGGAUUGCUUUAACUCUCACCCCGCCCACCAACCAGUCAUCACAAAUUUGAUCCAAGUGAGAUUGACAGUUCCCAAAUUCGUGAAGAAAAAAACACUUUCAAGUGAGCCCAUAAUGUCAAAACUGAUCGUAAACCGAUGGCGAAGCCUGACGAGCUCAAGAUAUGUUCCAUCGCGAUAAACGGCUUGGAGAAGCAAUAAGGGAUACAUCUAUAUAUAUAUUUAUGUAUACUAGAUAAACAAAAUCUAUAUACCUUCAAAGUACGAGAUAGAAGCCGCUCAACUACUACAUACGAUGAAUUCCGUUCCUUUUCAAUAAAAAAACCGUAGGCAGAGAGACAUUUUCGUUCCAAAACUGUGAUUUUAGCACAAAAAGUACAAAGUGGCAUGAAUGCGAUCCGUUGGCCAAGAGAGGCCGCAAAAAAGAAAGAGGCCGGUGUCCUCAUCAAAGACACCGAUUUAUGGUCUCAGGCUUGUGUGAGAGAGAAUGCCACAAGUCUUUUCGACUAUAACUUACAUCAACACUUGGUCAAAGUCAGAAAGGUGGAACAAAUAUUGGAUAAUUAAUGGAAAAUAGCCCUGGAGUACUGUUGGAAUACAGGAUGAAUCUACAAUGUAUUGUAAUGU